UGAUUCCACACUCCCCCCGGCCCUUUCAGUCCCUCUCCCUCUCUCAGUUCCUCUGUGUGCGUCUCUCUCAAUCGAAGAUAUGGAUCUUUACAUCCUUUUCCAUAGCGUGGUGAUGCAUGUCAUCGCUCUAAUGGUUGUCUUGGUAUACAUCCCUCUGUCUAUACCCGUGAAGCUGUUCAUGUGGGCGUUCGUGAAGCCGUUUACCAAGGAGGACCUCAGAGGGAAGGUCGUGCUCAUCACCGGCGCCUCCUCCGGCAUAGGCGAGGAACUGGCCUACCAGUACGCGCAGAAAGGGGCAUGCCUGGCGCUGGUGGCGCGGAGGAAGAAGGCGCUGGAGCGCGUCGCCGAGGCCGCUCGAGAACGCGGCGCGCCGGAUGUCCUUGUCAUCUUAGCCGAUGUCUCCGACGCCGAGGAGUCGAGGCGCGCCGUCGAGGAAACUCUCGCGCAUUUCGGCAAACUGAACCAUCUGGUCGCAAAUGCCGGGGUGUGGGCCACCGGCUGCUUUGACGAAGCCACCAACAUAACUGCAUUCGCCAAGAUGAUGGAUGUGAAUUUCUGGGGCUCUGUCUAUCCAACCCACUAUGCGCUGCCACACCUCAAGGCCAGCAAGGGAAAACUCAUCAUAAGCUGCUCUGGAGCAGGAACGGUGGCUACACCAAGAAUGAGCUUCUAUAAUGCAACCAAAGCAGCUCAGCUCAGGUUCUACGAAACACUGAGGAGCGAGUUUGGCACGGAAGUGGGAGUCACCAUACUCACCCCCGGGUACGUCGAGUCCGAGAUUACCCAAGGCAAGGCCAUCCAGAAAGAUGGCGUUCUCGCCGUCAACGAGGAGACAAGAGAUGCACAGGUUGGGAUUUUCCCCGUGGGUCGCGUGGAGACGUUCUGUGAGAUAGCAUUGGACAGCAUUCAGAAAGGCGACUGGUACCUGACAUGGCCGUCCUUGUACCGGCCAAUGGAGCUGAUUGCUUGCAUUGCCCCUGAGGUCCUCAACUGUAUAUGCUACCAGCUCUAUAACACGAGGAAUGGGGGGCGCUCGCUCGCCCAGAGGAUCGCUGAGGCAACCGGAGUGAGACAGUUGUACCCUUCGACUCUCCUGAGUCCCGGCAUCAAGACAGAAUAAAUGUCAUGGCCAAGACCGUACAGUUGCAACUUAAGCAUGGUGGAACAUAUCAAACAGUACUAGGGCAAAUCUUGCGCAAUGGCUGGGCAUUACAAUUCAUGUCUAUAAUUUGAACAAUGUUUUAUUUUUUUUUGGGAAUUGAAUACGAAAACUCCUUCGUGAAAUACCUUGCAUCCAAAACCCCGCUUAUAAUAUGUAGUACUGUUUACUGUGAAAAACACUUGCUUGUAUAUAAUUUGAAAUAAAAAGUUUCUUCCACACGA